UAGAUUCUCUCAUCUUGACGACAUCCAAAGCAAACGAACCCUUACAAGAUGCUUUCCUUCCACGUUCUCAUCCUCGGAGCGCUCGCCACCUUCGCGACCGCCCAGCAGAUCACUCUGACGCCGACCACCAUCCGCGGCGGCGCGUGCCCCAUAACCCUCACAUCGACCAUCAAGCAGACGCAGACCGUCACGUCAGUGUCCACGACGACGAGCACCUCGGUGUCGACCGUGACCGCUAUCUCGACUUCGACCUCGAUCUCGACCGUCCGUCAGACAAUCACGUCGGUCGCCACCGUGACCCGCGCCUGCGUGAGCUGCCCGACGCUGACCGCAACUGCAACCGCCUGCCGAACCUGCCUCGUCCCUGGUUGCACCACAACCGUCGCCGUCAGCAAGCCGUGCGGCUGUGACAACCUCUCCACAACCUCUAUCGACCUCGGCUGCGACGCCGCAAACGUCUGCAACAGGAUCGGCUGCAAGACCGUUUACGACAUCAAGACUGCUGCGUGUUAAGGGUAGCAGCACUGUUCGCCUUGAGGCGGUGGAGGGGAAAGCAAACUUGUCUUUCUUUUUUUUUUUUUUGAAGAGACUCUGAGAAGGAAGGGCAUCAGGGUGGAUGACACGAAAGGAAUAAAGAGUGUUUGCAGGUCGAGAGUAUGGCGUCGAAAUCUGCUCGAAUUUCGAGAUAGCGCAAACUGGAC